UCUGUGUGGCCAGGUCGGCCGGUUGUCAUUGGGCUCCGCAGAGCGGCUGUGCGGCGCGGUCCGCGAGCGGGCUGGGCUCCGGCACGGCCAUGGCUGGCGCGCUGGUGCGGAAGGCGGCGGACUAUGUUCGCAGCAAGGACUUCCGGGACUACCUCAUGAGUACGCAUUUCUGGGGCCCAGUAGCCAACUGGGGUCUUCCCAUUGCUGCCAUCAAUGACAUGAAAAAGUCUCCAGAGAUUAUCAGUGGGCGGAUGACAUUUGCUCUCUGUUGCUACUCUUUGACAUUCAUGAGAUUUGCCUACAAGGUGCAGCCUCGAAACUGGCUUCUAUUUGCCUGCCAUGUGACAAACGAAGUGGCACAGCUCAUUCAGGGAGGACGGCUUAUCAAGCAUGAGAUGUCUAAAAAGGCAUCUGCAUAACAAUGAAAGAUGAAGAACACACUCUUUAAAGGGAUGGCAUUGCCAGCUACUGCCGCUGAGUCACAGAUUUCGUCACCCUAAAUAGUACUGCUGAGGAAAACAUGCUGAAUGCUAUUUUUACUAACCAUCCUAUUUUUAUAUAACUAGCUUGAGAGUCCCUAAUCCAGCUCUCUGCUGCUUUACAAGUACUGAAUAUUUUACUUCUCUUCAUAAAGAGUAGCGCACAAUAUGCAAUUAAUUUAAUGAUUUUGGAUGAUGGUUUUAUCUGCAGUAAUAUGUAUAUUAUCUGUUAGGAUUUACAAGAUGAAAAUCCAGAGAGAACAAAAUGUGUCACUGCUAGCACCUAAGUACACCACAUCCUUCACUUCUCUUUAAUGAUCACAAGACAACCAACAGCUGGCCAUAUACCUGAGAUCUUAUUUCCAGUGUUUGAAGUUAUCUGUGUAUUUCCGUGCAGUGUGUAUAUUGAGAUGCUGUAACUUAAUGACAAUAAAGGAUUUAAAUAUUUGUUAAA